UGGUGUUGUUGAUCAUGGCGGGUGUGGGGCAGACAAAGGCGUUGUUGUUCCGUCUUCAACUGGAGAAUUAAACAACUUUUUGAUGUUUUUUGUUCAAAUGUAUGCGUCUAGAUGAAGGAAUUACUCCUUGCUGAAAAGAAUUCUCUCAUAUUUAAAUGGAUGAGGGUUUUACACUAAUCACAGAGGAAGCUGAGAAGCUGGUGGACCAUUACCCUCUGCCCUGCAUUCCAUGAGCAAUCUCAUCAUUCCACGGACUUGGUGUCAGCAGAUGAAAGUUCCAUGGGCCUCUUGACAUAGUACAAAUGUGGACAGAAAAGCUGCACCAUAAUGUCGCACUAUACGGAUGAGCCUCGGUUUACCAUUGAGCAGAUCGACUUGCUUCAGCGGCUCCGUCGGAGCGGGAUGACCAAACGGGACAUCAUCCAUGCUCUGGAGACCUUGGACCGUCUCGACCAGGAGCAUGCGGAAAAAUUUGGCAAGCGACACUGCUACGGCAACAGCCACUCUUCCUCCGGCAGUAGCAACCACUUCACUGCCUCGUCCUCCUCUGUCACAGCUGCCACGCAGACCCCGUACAGCGGCACGUCACCAUCACCAAGCAACAGCUAUGAUACCUCCCCACCCCCGUGCAGCACUCACUUGAAUGGGCGGGAGAGCAAUAACAACGAGAAACUGCCCAUGGUCAAUGGUAGGCUGUCACCCAGCCGUUUCCACAGUAACGUCAACCAGAGGACGUGCAACUUCCAUCCAGUGGAGGAAGAGAUGGACCUGGAGGAAAGAGUUGAGGAGCUCAUGAGGAGAGACAGCACCACUGUUAAAGAGGAGAUUAAGAAUUUUCUUUCCAAUCGGAUGAUUUCCCAGACGAUCGUGGGCCAGGUCACAGGGAUGAGCCGAAGUUUCAUUUCCCAGUGGCUUUUGCAGCAAGGACUGGACAUGUGUGAGCCCAAGAAACGGACGCUGUACCGAUGGUACCUUCUGGAGAAACUGAGCCCAGGAGCCACCUUAAACAUGAGGCCUGCCUCCUCCACCACAGAAGACCCUGAGUGGAAGCAGUCAACGCCGGCCAAUGUUGCAACCCCGGGCAACUUUCGGCUCCGCAGGGGCAGUCGCUUCACCUGGCGCAAGGAAUGCCUCACAGUGAUGGAAAGUUACUUCAAUGAAAACCAAUACCCAGAUGAAGCUAAGAGAGAGGAGAUUUCAAACGCUUGUAAUGCAGUCAUCCAGAAGCCAGGCAGAAAGCUGACAGAUUCUGAACGUGUAACUGCCCUGAAAGUCUACAAUUGGUUUGCCAAUCGGAGGAAGGAGAUCAAAAGGAGAGCAAACAUUGAAGCAGCAAUCCUAGAAACGCAUGGUAUCGAUGUACAGAGCCCAGGUGGAUAUUCCAAUAGUGAUGAUGUCGAUGGGAGUGAUUUCCUGGAGCAGGAUGACAACACAAGUCACAGCGAUCCCCAGCAAGAUCCCAUCUCGCUCGCUGUUGAAAUGGCCGCAGUCAAUCACUCCAUCCUGGCCCUAGCCAGACAAGGAGGUGGUGAGAUCAAGAGGGAAGUGGUUGAAGAUGACUGAAAUCGUGUCAUGAAACAAUUGAGAUUUGGUACAUCAUUGGACUACCCUAUCCUUAAUGUAAUCUCAAUAUAUCUGUGCGUGAUCUUAUUUUGAACUAGUUAAUAGGGUGCUCUUCAUUCGAUUGCAGUAAGUUAUCCUGCUCGGAGCCUUGGGCAGAAUUGUGCCUCUCACCUAGCAGCUCUCCGCAGUGCUGCAUUGAGAAGCUGCUGCAGUAGGGAACAUUCCUGCGGUCCUCUCACCCCAGCAUGACACCUUCCCGAGCGCAGUGCCUGGAAUCUCCACACAAUGCUUUUCAGGCCUCUGCUGUCUUAGCUCAACAAGUCUUCUCAGCCUCUGCCGGCCCUCUGCUCUGUAAGUGCCCCCCCUUGUUCCGGCUGAGGGAGCUUCAGCUUUCCAGCGCUGUGGUCAUGAGGUGGAUGAAUGGAUUGCAGCCUCCAUUUCCAAAUGCACCUCCCUCACCCAAGUCUGCCUGGAAUUACUGUAUCCAGCUGUAACUUCUGUGACCAAUGUGGGAACUGAACUCCGGCAGGUGCAGAUACACAUCUGACUGAGGAGUGCAGGCUCAUCUCCAAGCUUGUAGGGAGGAAGGAAGAGUUCUAGCAAGGUGCAGUGUUUGUCUUCCAUACCAACGCAAAAAUUGACAGUAGAUCUGAACAUGCAGUCACUGAGAUGGGGAAGGUCGCUGCUAAUGUCUGAAUGAAGAAUAACUAGACCUACUAUACCACUGUUACCAGACCAACAGUGAAAAUCAUAGAGGCCAAACGCGACAGAAUGCCAUCUGGGAUGAAUUCCACAGUCAGCCCAGGACUCUGUGCCGCAGCAGUGACCUGGCAGAGACUGAAUCUGCUGCAGUUGAUGACCUGAUCAUUCUGUUAAAGUGGCAAGAGGAAGUCAUUAUCACGUAGAUCAACACUGCCACAGCAGACAUCAACUAACACACCACUGAUGAGCCACUUUGAGUUAAAGGGAGAUCCAUUUUCAGCCCAGUUGUUGCAUGGUCCAAGGAAACUUCGAGAGACACGGUUAGCUCAUCAGUUCUGUUUCAUUGCAUGGCUUCAUGCAAGCCAUCACUCACAGAGGAAUUCUCAGAAACAAGUUCUAUCCUGGAAGUCUCAGAUUGCACAGAAUGAAUUGUGAUCGUGAGUUACCAUAUGGUUCUCAGUGGGUGAGGCUGGGGAUCAUGGCAGUUUCUCCACCACAUCAACUCCGGCACAAGUUGUAUGUGGUGUUGGGACUGAAGCAUAGAGGGACUCACUACUUCCCAGGAGAGUUGGAGGGAAGAGAUGGAAGUUAAGAGAUCCCAUUACUGUGUGGUAACAUAGAUAAAUGUUACCUGCCUCUCUGAAAAAGGGAUGUUUACUAAAUUUCUUUAGCCCAACUCGGAAAACGCAGUUCUAGUACGGAAUACAGGUUUGGGAAUGUGGUGGGUGUGUAAUCAAACUUGGGCAGAUUUGUAGAGAAGAUGCAGUCAUACUGACACCGAGAUGAAUUCCCUGUCUAAUAGAACCAUUACUUUCAAAGUAAAAUACCGCCGAUGCUAGAAAUACUCAGCAGGCCAGGUAGAGAGAAGAUAGGAGAGAUUUCAGGCUGAACAUGGUAUCAGAAUAAAGAAAAGUUGCAGGUACAACAAAAGAAAAAAAAAGCAUCUUCUCUAUAAACACCAUCUUUCAUAAUGAGCAUUUUCAAUCACUUUUGGGCAUCUGUGGGCAGUUAUGCUGCGCCACACCCUUUCAUUCCACAAUUUCUUGGGAUAUAGGUUAAAAUGCAUCUGCUUUGUCUCCCUCUUCCCAAUCACACACUAAAUGCAGGCAUCUUUUUUUUUGUUCCCUGAAUGGUCCUGGUAGAUACAGCAAGACUUGGCAAUCUCGUACAACUGUCAGUGGUGAUUCAGACUAUAAAGGGAAACAGUCUACUGAAACCAUUUUUGUUCCUUAGCCGAUAGGCAUUGAUUUCAUAUUGAAGACAUCGCCACCAUUGAGUGUUAGAAUCUGGGGUGAGUAAAUGGGAUUGGUAUGGGAGUAAGUGGUAUUUGAUAGUCAAUGCAAUCUUGAUGCUCUAAAGGGCCUGUUGCUUGCUAUAUGUUUUGAGAGAGGCUGCCAUCAGAACCACAAGAUUGAAGCAUCAUUUCAGAACAACUUCUUGCAUUAAGCAAGAAUCUGCAGGAAGAAUUUGGCAGAUAAAGCAGCAUCUGAUGGGAAAAGGGGAUGUGAGGAACAUUAGAUGUUCUAAACACAAAACGUAGUGGAGAUAUAAGAACACCACACACAAAAUGCUGGAGGAACUCGGCAGGUCAGGCAGCAUCUAUGGAAAUGAAUAAACUGUCGAUGUUUCUGGCCAAGACCUUAUCGGGAAACAUCAAGUCCUGAUAAAGUGUCUCGGCCCGAAACGUUGGCUGUUUAUUCCUCUCCUUAGAUGGAACUCUGCCUGGCCUGCGGACUUCCUCCAGCAUUUUAUGUGUGUUACUGUGGAUUUCCAGCAUCUGCAGAAUCUCUUAUGUUAGGAAUUGUAGAUGUUUUGGGUUGAAACCCUGCAUCAAUCCUGACAUCUGAUUAUUUUGAAUUUUCACAUAACAAGAGUUUGGCUCCACACCAACGAUUCCUUUCCUCCCUCAGGUGCUGCUUAACCUACUGAGUUCCUCAAGCAGAAUUUGCAGCCUUAGGUUCCAGCACCUACAGCCUCUUGUGUCUCAAUGUCUUGCAUUGGUUUUGCAAGUGUGGGCACUGGGGCAAACUGAUUGCUAUCGAAGAGAGAGAUUUAGUUCUCAUCUAAGCAGCUGGGAAAAGAUGGAGAUACGUUAUUCUUUCUUUUCAGGGUCACAGAUUAUUUCACAUUAAUAAUCAUGAACCAUACUUGUGAAGUUACAUACAGUAUCCAUUUUGUGCUUAGUCAGUGAUGAGAUGAAAGACAAAUUGAUCUGCUUUUGAUGGUUGAAGGUUUUCUACAGUGCCAUUCAUUGAUAGAAUAUUGGAAAGAGUGAAAAAUCUCAAGAGCGGGGAUUCUCAGUGUUUUUAUGCUGUGGACCCUCACCAUUAACCAAAGUGUCCAUGGGCUGCAAGUUGGGAACCCCUGCUCUAGAGCUUUAAUAGCCGGGCUGUCAGUCUCCUUGCAUUUUCACAUCCACCUACCUCUUUUAUAAGCACUGAGUACAAACACUGAAGCCGCCAUGUUAGCAAAGAACAUUAAAGUCAUGUGUACCUUAUAACGUCAAGGAUUAACUUGCUUGAAGAUAUCAAUUAAAUGCUACUGAUUACUAUAAAAUUCCAAAUAAACUAAAAAAUCAUAACUUCUCAAUUAGAUGUUCGUGUCCACAAACAAGACACACUUUUGCGGGUGAUACUAACUUAAUAUGAUCAGAAACUUGGGGCUGCUGUGGGUUCAACUGUGUAACCAGAUUUGGUGAAAGAACGAGGAUAAUUUUAUUCUCAGCUUGCCUGUAGUAUUCAAUAAUUUAUCCUACCAUCAUCUUUGGAGCACCGUUAACUUGGUUAGGACCACAUUUACCUUAGCUCACUGGAACUGGCUUCUCUCCCACCUGCAUUGUAGGAGAGACAGGGAAGAGUUGUUGAGUUGAGAUUGAUGGGAUUUCUGAUAGCUAGCAUAGACUUGAUUGGCCGUAUGAACUUACAGGCUGUGUAAAAUGAUAUAGUUACAUGAUAGAACAAGUGGGAGAAUUCCUGGGGCAGUAGGCUGGAGAGUUUCAGCAGUCUGGGUGAUCCAUGAUCUGGAUGAAUGCAAGUUGAUCUCACUGAAACAUUCAAGCCCUUACAGGCCCGGCAGUGCAGACUGGGAGGUGGGAUGUUUAGUAGUAGUAGUAGUAGUAGAAGCAGUAGUGCAAUCACUCAAGUAGAGUAUGAAAUUCCCCUUAGGUGUUGUCCAUUGGUGAGUCCUCAGCUGGCUGUAGAGGCUGAUCUGGGAUCUACAUACUCUGGUGCAGUGUGUAAGUGGUGACUGUGGUCAGUGGUUGGGCCUUUUGUCUGUUCAGACUCUCCUGUCACAGCUGCCGUUUGUUCUCUGUGGCACAGGGGAGGUCGCUCUCAUGUAGCACAGCUCCCUCUUGAACAGAUUUCCUCCCAGUGCAUCUAUUGAGUGCAAAGUCUCCCCAGUUUUUAGAUGUGAUGUUGAAUUUCUUCAGGCUGAUUUUGAUGUGAUCUUUGAAGUGUUUCCUUUGCCCACCUUCCUUCAACUGGGAGUAAAGGAUGUGUUUGGGGAGAUGUGAGUUAGGGAUCCGGAUGGCAUGACCUACCUCCAUCAGAGUUGGUGUGGUUUAUCAUGGUGGAGAUGCUGUUCAUGUUGGCCUCCUCCACUGCACUGGCGUUAGUGUGUCUGUCCUUCCAGAUGAUCCUCAGGAUCCUUCGUCAGGCUCUGUGGUGGAUCCAGGGCUUUCAGAUGCCUACUCUAGGGUCCAUACAGUAAUGUAGAAAGGAGGACUGCUCUAUAGACCACAAGCUUUGUUUGGACCCAUAGGUCAUGAUCCUCAAAGACUCUUCCUUAAUCUUGCAUAGGCCCCACUAGCACUACUCAGGUAGCAUGAUAGAUUCAGGUCUGAGAGUCUGACAAGAUCAGCCAGACACUUUGGGUCCUCGAGACUAGUGAAUGUUCAGAUUUCUCUGUGGAGCCUCCAUUCUGAGCUUAUUCCAGGUUGAGUUGUAAUCAGUAAGGUAAUGGGAUCAGUGCAGGACAGUGGCUCCAACAUGAAAAGUCUUGUGGAGGACCAGGUGGGGAACUGAAGAGCCUUCUCCUGUUUCUCAUAAACACAAGAGAUUCUGCUGAUGCUGGAAAUUUCGAGCAAUAUACACAAGAUGCUGGAGGAAGUCAGCUGGUCAGGUAGCACCUAUGGAAGGGAAUAAACAGUCAAAGUUGUGGACUGAGACUUUUCAUCAAGACUGGAAAGGAAGGUAGUUUCUUCCCACCUCUCCUUUCUCUCUUUUUCAUUCCCCUUUCUGGUUUCCCCUCACCCCUUCUAUUUUCCUCACCUGUCCGUCACCUCCCUCUGCUCCCCCUCCUCCUUCCAUUUCUCCCAUAGUCUGCUCUCGUAUUAUAUUCCUUCUUCCGCCCUUCAUUUCCACCUAUCACCUCCCAGCUUUUCACUUCCUUCUCCCUCACUUGGCUUCAGCUAACAUUUGUGUACCUGUACUCCUUCCCCUCCCCCCCCACCUCCUUAUUCUUCUGCCCCUUCCUUUCCAGUCUCAGUCUGAACCAUCAGCUGUUUAUUCCCCUCCAUAGAUGCUGCCUGACUUGCUGAGUGCCUCCUCUUCCUUUGAAUUUCUGAGCUCCUGGGUCCUCAGUUCAUUAGCGAUCCUCUCAGUGUUGUUGUAGAUAGGAGGAAGAGUUCUACCAUCAGAUGUCUCGGACCCAUUGCCCAUGUGAAGGCACCAUUCAUUGCAAUGCUGACCCAAUGAUGUCGGAACUGUUAGUUAUUUAUUGUUCAUAUCACUUUCCUGUGUUUGCCUACAUGCAGGACAGAUUGAACUAGUUUCCUGAUGAACAGCCCGCUGGUGGACCCGUGAGGAAAAGGGAGCGUGCUCCAUGCAGUCUCAAUCACACAAAGAAUCUGGUGUCAGGAGUAGCCAACCUCUCCCACCCAUCAGUAUCAUCAUGGGCAGUCUGACUCUCGUGUGUGAUGCUCAGCAGAAUCUCAUGUUCAGGAGAUUUAUCCUUACUCAGUCUGUCCACUUCCUGCACACUGAUGCAGCCCAAUAUGCUACGGCACGUUCUGAUUAAUUCUGCUCUUGCCAAUAAUACUCCCAGCUUGGAGUUUUUAAAAACAUUCUCAGUACUUCCGAAGUGUAAUCCAAGAUUACAAAACUAGGGGCACAGUGAAAUUAAAUUCAAUUUAAUACUCGAGUGUAGGUGUUGUUUUGUGAAUGUCACAUUAAAAUGCUUGAGCAGAUCAAACCAUUGGAAUGUGGCUCCGUUAUCACUGUGCACAGCCAUGUAGAGCUGCUGCCUUCUGCUUUCCCAGGCAGAGAUCUGUACCUUUGACCAUUAACCCAGCACUGUGCUUUCUGGUGGCUGCACUCCACCUGAGAGCAGAGCGUGCCGAUGGACUGGGCUGCCCACUGGACUGUGAAGCUGGUUUCAUCCAUCACCAGGGUUUUUAAUUCCAGUCCCUAGAUUGUGCCGAAACAUCAAUGUCGUCAGACAUCCUGAUUUUCUGCAGGAGUUGUCCUUACUCCCACCCCAUUCCCAAACGGCACUCAACCUCCUUACAGUAAUAUUCCUGAUAACCAAUUGAAGAUGGAGGUAGUUCCCUCUGAAACUAUGUGACUGACUUGAUUCACUAACAUCCUUCAGGGUAACAGACCCACUGAGAUCUAGGCUACCACAGACUCCUUCCAGCCUUUAGCAACACACACAAAACACGUGAGGAACUCAGCAGGCCAGACAGCAUCUGUGGAGAGGAAGAAACAGUUGACAGUGUGGGUCGAAACCCUUCAUGCGUCAACUAUUUAUUCCUCUCCCUAAUACCUGACCGGCUGAGUUCCCCCAGCAUUUUAUGUGUCACUCUGCAUUUUCAGCAUCAGUAAAAUCUCUUGUGUUUAUAAUUCCUCCUACGUAACAUUUAAUGCUCAUUGAUGUUAAGGUAUUAUUACAAGGUGCUGAACAAAUGUGGCUUGGCCUGUGUCCUUGUUACAUACUGAAUGUAAUGUUAGAAUAGAGCCACAAUACAGCAGAUAGCUAGAGGUAGGAUACUUCAGAUAAAUUACCUAUCCUGAACAUUAGACAGUUAAACAUUUUAUAUUAUUGAUUGUUAAUAUUCAUCCUGGUGGUGUUUAGUUUCAAUAAUUUGAUGUGGUAACUUGAAACAUCACAAACAUGAGCUGGUGUAACUAAUCCCGGAAUCCUGUUCAGGAAGUGUAAUUCUCAUGAAAAAGCAGGAACACAAUGCAAGCUAUGCUCCAUGAGUGACAGUGCAAUCCUUGUCACAUCAAGCCAUUUGCCAGUAAAGAGCUUUUUGUCAUGGUUUGGACUCUUGCUUCUAGAGACAGUAGAAAUAGUGAAGGCUAUCACUGUGGUCCUGUCAGAAUACCAACUGAUCAUAGCCUUCUGGCUAACUACUUCCUUGCACCUUCAGAAGAUUUAGUUCAAUCUUACCUGCAGUAGAGACACUGUUCUUUGGUUUGUCCUGUAAUAAGUUGAUGUAUUUUUCUGCUAAGCAGAAAGGAAAUAUGCUGCAUAUUAAUGAAGAACAUGAAAUGCCAGAUUUCUCAUCUUACAUAUAGGUAUUAGCUAUUUUAGCAGGUGUGUGUUUGGUAAUUUGAUCCUUUGUACUGGCAUAGAGCAGGGACAUACUAUUUUCACUGGUGGUAACAGACAGAUUUGCAUUCAUUUGAGGAAAAUUACUCUUAAAGGGGAGUCAAUAAGGGACUGAGUGAUCCUUUCUAAUUAGCGUCUCAGGGUUGGUACUGGGACAUACAAGCACUUCCACUCCCCACCGCACUCAGGAGUUGAGAGACAAAGGGGGUGGAGUUUAGUUCUGGGUUUUCAGAACCAGUCAUUACAAUCACUAGCUGAUAUGGAAGGCCUCUUCAACCCUGAAAUCUGCUACUGCUAUAACCAUCCUCUUUAAUGACAGAUGCCAAUUACUCCUCAACAUUGCUUACUGCAAACCUGUUUGUGAGUGGGAAUCACAGGUACCCAGAGAAGCAAAUCAUCUUAGAACAAAGAACUCACACAGCACAGCUGGUAGUUGUUGGGUGGAGCGGACAGCCAUUCAGCCCAUCAAGUCAGCUCCAUCAGUCCCAGUACAGGAAAUAAACCCACUUAUUUAUACAAUUUAUUUAAAUUUCUCUUUUAAAAGCUCCAAGGGAUUCUGCCUCAAUCGGUCCCCAGAACAUUCCAUGUUUCUACCCUUUCCCCUCACUUUGCUGACAAUGUUUUUCCCCCCCACGAAAGGGAAAGUGAUGAAUAUUUCUGGCCCUACCUCAGCAUUGUGGUGAAGCAGAUGAAAUUUAGUUUGUCCUUCCUGUUCUAAAAGCAUUCUUGAGUACAUAUUAAUUGCUGGUGUCUGGAAGCUUCACCACCUCCCUUGCCACAGUUCAAAAAGGAACCUUGAUAGUCCUGGUUAAAGCAUAAGGAGAGCAUGAUCAUCCCAUGCAUAUCCACACCAGUUUUAUUCCUCCCACAGCUUAGCAGAGUGAGAUCCGCUCUCUGUGCCAAGAAAUUGGGCAAAGUCACAUUUCUGGAUCCUUUUCCCUGCAGCCAAGUUAUUGCCACAGCUCUGUUUCACCACAGUUCUGGCCCAUUCUCAGCAUUUUAAUUGACAAAGUGUGGAUGACAAGUAUCAUGUUGAGUAUUUUUCCAACAUAAGUAGCAGCUUCAAGCUAAUAUGGUUUGACCCUUGAAGUGUGAUCUCUGAAAACAUUUCUGUCUUUUGUUUCCCACAACUCCCAGAUUCCAUCCUCAUAUUGUCACCUGAAAUAGGGACCAUGCAGUCAGAUAAAACACUGUCAGCUGGUAAAUUUUCACAAAGACCACAUCAAGCAGGUGGUAAUUUAAAAUUAUCCCAAUCAAGUGGCUGAACAAAAUCGGUUUAGUUUAGCCACUGUGUUUCCAUAGCCAGGCUAGGUGAAGCAAUGAAUGUUGUGACCCACAUCUAAAAAGCAGGCUUUGACAGAUUUGUUUUGGCAAGGGUAUGGAGGGGUGAAAAGGGCUAAGGGAGGUGAUGGAGGACAUGUAGGAAAUGUGACAGGUCUGCAUUAAAAUGGUCACUUGAUUUCCAAACUGGAAGCUGAACAGGAUAAUCUUUAAAAGCCUUAGUUUUUUUUUUAACAAAUGUAAUAUGCUGAGCAGGUGUAUUUUCAUUUGAGUCCUGUAUAUGUUUUCUGUUCCUAUUCUGGAUUAGUGCCUUUUUUGGACAGUAGACUGUUCUGCAAAAAAAAAGUAAAAAUGUCAUGAUGCUGUUUGUACAGUUUGUUUUAACAAAUUAUUAUUUUGUAAAAUUUUGGUUAAAUCUCUGUAUUGUACUAAGUAGGAAAAAUAAA